AUGGGUACCGGAGACGUUGAAGCGCAACAUCUGAUUGUGGAAACAGCCCUAUCCUCGUGUGAGGAUAGUGGCAUCGCUUUACUCCCAGGUGGAAGGCUGUCUGAUCUAGAGUAUGCAGACGACAAUGUGUUACUAAGUGAAGAUCCA